CUGCUAUUCUGCGUAUUCUACUGCUCUCUUAUACCACAGACCGGGAAUUCGACCUCGAAACUGCCUCGUCUCGCAUCGCUGCCCAGCAUCUCGGCUUUGUUUGGCUCUUCCGAAGCUACCCCUCACCACAGAAACCAGCUUCUUGCGCGCCGUCUUGAAGCUUCAUCGUCAUCGCUGCCUUUUGCCUAACGUCACGACCCCUCAGCUGGCGACGGCAAUUAAUACGAACGACACUAUGGCUCCUCCUCCGCCAAAUGCGAACCUCCCGCUACAGGAGCGCUUCUUGGCUCUGGCUCAGACGCUUCAGUUCGCCUGGUUUGUCGGGCACCUGACUCUUAUCCUUACUACCUCUCGAUAUGCGCUGUCAUGGCUAUUCAUGAACUACUAUAGCGGCAUGGCACAGUUCUCAUACCGGACAUCGUUUGCCGCCGCGGCCCUCACGUAUGGAAUUGUCGUCUACAAGACACAGCGAGCUCGCGCAAAGACCGGAACCAAGGUGCCCAAUGGCGCCCUCGGCCUCCUUGCUGACGAGAACGUCCAGUACCUGGCUAUGGCCCUGAUCUGGUUGUUCUCUCCUCAGUACCCCCUCGCUCUUCUUCCUUAUUCCGUCUACUCCGUCUUCCAUGUGGCCACUUACUCUCGCGCCAACCUGAUCCCCGUCUUCAACCCCCCUCCUCCUACCGCAGAUGGCGUCACUCGACCCAAGGUUAGCAACCCGUUGGCCGAUAAGAUUGGAAACUUUGUCAAGGAGUACUACGACUUCUCUAUGACAGUUGUCGCCUACCUCGAGAUUGCUCUGUGGGUUCGAGUGUUGCUUUCAGCCAUCCUUUUCCAGCGUAGGUCGUGGGUUCUGCUUGGCCUGUAUACCAUCUUCAUCCGAGCUCGCUACGCCCAGAGCAGCCACGUUCAGUCCGCCUUUGCUCACGUCACUGCGCGGGCCGAUCACUUUGUUGGCGCCCAGGGAACCCCGCCUCAGCUCAAGCAGGCAUGGGAUGUCAUCAAGAACAUUGGUAGCAAGUUCCACGAUAUCACCGAGGUGAACAAAUACCUUGGCGCUGGCCCGGCCAAGAAGACAUCAUAAACGACAAAUACAUCUUUUCGACAUGUGCACGGCAACACGCUCGGAUAACAGAGUGAAGUGCCUUGGGCAUGCUGUGUGCGGGGCUUUUAGCGUUGAUGGAAUUGGAAUUUGGUAAUCCUGGUAUUUCGUUCCUUUGAGGGCGAAGAGGCAACUCACAUGCGGCAACUCGUCGCUUUACUGCGGCCAAAGCCUGUCGCUUGUGACUUUGAGUCUCGACGAUAUUUAAUCUCUGCAUAUUUCCAACGUUGGACCGUGAUCAGCUGGAGUCGACUAUAUCAAAACCUUUCCUUUCGAGUUUUGGAACAAGGGCAGGUCAACUGGGCGGCGGAUCUCGACCAGCUAUGGGUAGCUAUUGGGAACUGGUGCAGCGAAAGGCUUCUCCUGGGUAUAUCUGGAUGGGCUACUACAUGGAUGAUUAGGAGCGGGACAUGGAUUUGGCAUGCGGUGGGAAUAUUAUUGCUGGCGGUUGUGGAAGUUGGUGUUGAGUUAAUACUCUCCGUAUUACAAAGUAUCAAAUACUACUUGUGUGUGUGUUUGG